UCCACAGAACGGAGCAGGUCGACAAAAGUAGUCAGGAUUUGGGCUCAGCUUGAGUGCAAGCCGGAGACUUUUGAAAACUAGGUCGAUCAGAACGUUCAUGCCAAACCUAUCAAGAGAAAUCUCAUCCCAGACCUUUCUUAUUAUUUUUUAUUUUGGAAAACGUUCAGAGCAAAAUUCAAUACGGUUUUAAGAUCCCCUCAAAAACAAGAAAACCACUGAGUUAUAGAUGCAAUUUCCGUGAAAAGGGAAAAUAAAACACUACACUUAACAGAAGUCACUGAAGCUUAAGGAACAUGAGCUACCAGGAUAUGUACGGAAGCCAUUUUGAUGCCCAAUCUGCUGGUCGAGGCAGCAACUUCGAAUUCCGGUUCUCUGGACCGGAAUCCAUUCCGAAUGCGGUUAGGCGUUAUAAUGCCAUGCGAGGCGCCGAGUUGGCCCAAAUGAAGCGCCAGCGGGAUGUGGGCAGAUCCAAUGUGUCCAGCAUGCCACGAUUCUGCAAGGUUCGUCGUCCGGGUCACGAUGUGACCAGCAUGGUGACCUCGCGCGAUCUGGACGUGGUCACCCAGCUCUCCCUCGAGUCCGAGCCCAUCUGCAAUGAGGAUAAUGAUAAUGAGCAGUGUGAUGAGUACGAUGGUAGUGAGUUAAACGACUUGCAGUACCAAGCCCAACAGGCUCCUCGUCUUUGUGGUGGUUCCGAAUCACCCAGAAUUGUAAAGCAUAAAUUCAAGGGUCGCAGAAAGCAGAUGCCCAUGGGCCGGAGAAGGAAGCAUUACACGAAGGUCGUGGAGCAGGACCACACCUACGAAAGAUUGGAGGAACUGCAUCGCGAGGUCUGUGCUGAGCUCCAGAGCAUGGGAGAGUCCUCCCCAGUGAGUCCCGAUGCCACUCCGCGCCCCAGAAGGACUUGGAGGAGGAAGCAGAGAAAGGCACAGCCAGCUCAGCCGCAGGAACCGUGGCUAGAUGGAGACAGUUCGCCGGCCCAUAUGGGUCAAGUGUCCUUCGAGGACUAUCAUAAGCCGCAGCCCAAGUGGGCGGACAUCCUGCCGUCGGAGAUGGCGUCGCAGGCGAUCAAGGUGAAUGUCUGCCAGGCGCAAAACGCCACUUCCCUGUCGGCCUACGAAUUCAUGGAGCAAUAUGGCACAGUGGAGCCAGAGCCAGUGAUGCCCUUCUUCCUCGAGGACAGCGAUCUGGAGCACGAGUAUGCGGAUCGACAGGGCUACAUGCGCUAUGUGGAGCCCAAGCCCAAGUACAACUCCAGCGAAUCGGAUAAGAGUAGUCAGGUCGAGAGUGCCGUCCAGCCCGUUUUUGUGGAGCUGGAAAGGCGGCCCGACCGGCUCAGCCUGCUCAAGAGUCUCUCGCCCAUGAGAUACACAUCGCAGAGGUCGGAGGAGGUGCUAAGAACCCAGGAGCAGGAAGCUCAGGUGCCACCAUCGGAGCUGCCCAAGGCGCCGCAGACCAGGCGGGGCAACCAAAGGCAGUCAGUGGUGGAUGGUGGUCAGAAGAUUGGUAAGCCUCGCAGGACUAAUGCAAUGGUCGCGGCAAGUCAAAGGAAUGCCCCCAAUCCAAGGACACGGCGCACCUCGAGAGCGGCAGGCGGAAAUGAGGUUGCUGCCGUGCCGCAGAACUCACCAAGUCCCCCAAAUCCCCCUUAUCCACCCAAUGGGCACAAGGAAGUGGUAACCGCACCCGAAAGGCUGAGCAGACGGCGCAAACCCAAGCCCAUGGUGCUCUACAGCAAAUCCCUGGAGGAUCUGAAGUUUGAAAAGUUGGCCAUCUACAAUAAGAUCACCCUGACCCAAGAGCGGAUCAUCAACGCUCUGGACAAGCUGCAGACCAGUCUGCUCCACCUCCAGGUGCCCAAUUGCAGUGCCCAGGAGCGGCAGAAGCGCCAGCGCAACGCCUUCGAGUUCUGCGUGCGCUUCUCGAGGAACUUCCUCUUUCCUUUGAAGGGAAUGAUCGACGAUGUGCGCCUCACCACGGUGGCCAGUUUCAACAGUGCCACCUCCAACGAGGCCUGCCAGAGGGUCGUCUGUGUCUACGGACUGAUGCAGCAGUCCAUCCAGACGUACCAGAGACAAUUGCGCUACUUCCUCCUCGAGAAGGUGCCACAGAAGCUGAGCGCUCUCAUUGAGAUGAUCUACACGAUGACCAACUGCUGCCUGGACAAGGGCAUGCUGGAUCGCCAGGAUCCUGUGGUGGAGUGCCUGCAGGAGCGGUGCACCCGAUUCCUCAGCUUCAUCGAGGACAUGCAGGAGGAGCGCUUCAAGUUGGCCCGCGAGGCGAUGCGGCGCCAUCAGAAGGGUGUUCCACAGGGUAACCUGAGUGUCCCGAAGCACAGCAAGAAGAAGUCCUCAAAUCCCCCCAGGGCACCCACUCAGCCCAGGCAGGAGAAGCUACGAUCGCACGAGCGGUACGAUCUCAAGAUGUGCCUGAAUGACCUGAAGCUCUAUGAGCCGCGCCUGGUGCCCAAGGAGCGCCAGCAGGCGGAGAAGCGACCGCAGCGGAUGCGUCGUGCGAGGAUCACUCAAAACGUAGUUAGCACUGCGGGGCAUCCGGGUGAGCCUGCCCAUGGGCAGAUGGAACAGCCCGGUGAGCUGGAAGUGCAAUCCCUUGCAGCCGACGAUAUGCAAACCCAGAUUCAGAUGACCGCCGAUGGUGGCACCAGCAGUUCGCAGAGCGAGCUGUCCACUUUGGCAUAUCGGGGUCACCCUUUCGCGGAUGCCCGGCAGCAGAGCUCGAAGUCGCCGUCGCGGGAGGAGCAACUGCAUCGAGUUUUGGUAGAUGCCUUGCACCUGGUGUCCCGUUCGCAGGUGAAACAGGUGCUUGAUCCGCUGAUGCGGUCGCUGGGUGUUAUUCUGGCUGAAAAGACCGCUCAGGCAGGUGCUGUUCACCAGGACUAGAUCCUCCGUCUAGCUAUCAUCUAAAUUGUUUAUUUUCCAAAUUGUUAUUAUUCACAAGUUCUGCUUUUAUCGGUCAAAUGCGAGACUAUACAGCUAAAUUGCUAAGUGUUUUGGUAGUGCGAAUAAAACGGAAACUUUGAGCGAAUGCAA